CGAAAGCGGUCAGAUACUUCCAUCCAGAAAAAUAACUUCAUGUUGCAACCAAAAAAGUUGAUAUCCAUGGAUUGAUGGAUGUAGCAACUCGAUGGAGGAACACGCAUUCUGGGCUAGGAUGUCUUCACGGAGCAAGCGUCUGUUUGGUCGAGUGGUGCAGGUGUCCAUUGUGUUCUUGGUGCUUUACUGUUUUUCAGCCGCCAUUAUCUGGAUUCAAUGGGCAGAGAUGAAAAACAAUACUGUCGUCAAUUUUGAAUCUCGAGAUCUUGAUACACUUGCUGUGGAAGAUGAAAGCGAUGAAUACCCAGCUCAAGCGUGGAAGAAACGCGAGUUUAAAUGUCUUGGUUGGGUGGAAACCGACAACGAUGGAGACGAAUUGGGGACGAGAAGAGAGUGCUGGCAGCGGAUUCAAGCUGGUGACGCUGGGUACUGCGAGGUGAUGAACUCUACCUCUGGUCAAGUAUUUCGCGUGAUGCAGACUACCAGUCUCUCCCUCAAAGAUGACACUCGAUUUACGUGUGAAUUGGCAAAAUCGUUUUCCUCGUUUCGCUUCAACGCCAAGGCAUAUCGUCACGAUCCACCAAUGGCACUGGACCAAUUCGACUCACAUGGAAUUAUCAUGGCUGUUUACGAAGGCGUUCUUCCCGGUGCAUUCGCGAGCAUCCGUCGUCUACGAGAUGUUGGCUGUACACUUCCAAUUGAAAUCUGGUUUCGUCACGAUGAGCUAGCAACAGACAACCCCGUGCUGUUACUGCUGAUAGAAAAAUAUGGACCCGUACACUUACGACAAGUAUUCGACGAUCGCAUCUAUGGCUUCAACAUAAAGAUACAUGCUCUGUACUACUCACACUUCACCAGCGUCUUGCUGCUCGACGCCGACAAUUUCGCUGUGAAGGAUCCAACAUCACUGUUCUCUUCUUGGCCGAUGAAGCAAUAUGGAGCUGUGUUUUGGCCCGAUUUCUGGCAUCCUGGAAACUCAAUCUUCAACCUCCAUGCUCAGAGUUUGGUGUGGGAGUUGUUAGACCUGGAAUACGUGGAUAUGCUAGAGCAGGAAAGCGGUCAGGUACUGGUGAAUCGAGCUACGAGCAAGCCGAUGCUUGAACAAUUGAUGUACUACGCGACGCAUAGGCCAAAUCUUUUCUCAAAAUUGAAGCUCGUGUGGGGCGACAAAGAUCUCUUCCGCUUGACGUGGCUGCAGAUGCGAAGGAAAUUCUACUACAACGACCGUCGGGUACCUGGAACUCUUGGAAUCGUUAAUUACGACCGCCAACGCUAUUGCGGAGUAACGAUGGUGCAGUACGAUUUAACUGGCCAAGACAUGCUCUUCUGGCACCGAAAUACCAUCAAAUUGAGCGGUCGAGAUGAUCGACGGGUGUGGCACACGUUUCAAGAGCUUCCUGUUGAUCCUGAAGACAGCGGUCUGCUCCCCAAAAUCCAGUCUUUCAACGGCGAAAAAAUGUUCAAUGAAACGUCAUGUUUUGGGGUGAAGCGUUUCAAGAUGAAUGCGCUCGUGCGAAUGAAGCGCGUCGACGAACUGGGAAAUGGGUUGGCUUCGCUGGAGAAUACUUUGAUUCAAUAUGCACGACAGGCAUACGAGCUGCUGCAUGACGAAAGCUCAGCUUAAAGCUGUUUUUGCGGUUUAGAUCUCACUUGAGCGGUGCCCGAUCACUUGUCGAAUGGUUU